AUGUGUCGAGUUGACUCAACUUCAUGGAAAGCGUAUAGCUGUAAAACACGUUACAGUCGGUACACUUGUUAUGGUGCGGUAUGGGAAGUACAUUAUGAAGAAAAUAGAACCACAUUCGCAAUAGUAGAAGAAGAAAAGCGAUUUAGAUCUUAUUCGGAUGCAUUCAAAAGAGCACAAGAAUAUCAAAUUGACUCAUCAUAUUCGUGUUGGUAUGAUACUAGAAAUCCAUCAGUUGCUCAAUGGAACAAGCCCAGUACUGUCGUAGCUAUUAUUCUCCUUUCUUGCGGUGGAUUAUCUGUAUUGCUCAUUGGCAUUUUCUCAUUUAUUGCCAUACGACUUAUCAAACAGGAAGUACUACAGCAAAGACAAGAUAACAUCGAUCCAUAUUUUAAUCCUGAUUUUGCAAUUAAACAGUAA